AUGGACGCAGAAUUGUCAUCUUUGUCUUCCGAUCCGUCUAGUGCUUCUUCGUCACCAUCAUCUUCUUCUGUCACUCCACCAAUGCUGUCUGAUGAUACAUGUCAUCUGAUAACUAUGAGUGAGAUUAAAUCUGCUGAGGAAUCUCGAAAUAGUGCCAAUCUGUUAAAAUUGAAUGAAAAAAAGCGUGGACCAACUGUUGCUCAUCAAUCCUCUACGCGUGAAUCAUUGCCGAAUGUUGUGAAAGCGAAAAGCCAUCUAAAUCCUGUCGGUAAAAAUAAUUUGUCCGGUGAUAAUACGUCUGCUACUACUAGUACUACUACUAUAACGACGACUACUACUGCUACUACUAUCAGUAGUAGUGAUAGUAAGAAGUUAGAGAAGGAUAUUAAUCUGGACAUUCCACCAACUACUACAAAUGUUCAAACUAAACUUACAGAUUCAACAAAAGCCAGCAGUCAUAAUUUAGAGGUUUUAUUUGACAGAUUGAUUCGUUUACGUGAACCACAUUUGGCUAUUCGUAUGAGUGAAAUUUUACUAUAUUAUAUUUCACCAAAAUCACCAGAUUCAUUAGAACGUAAAAAUAAAUCGAAUUCCAGUAUGUUGAAUAACAGUAACAGGGCCGUAAAAGUGAUACACGAUAAUCCUAAACUGAUUGCUUUUGAUCUACGUAAAUUACCCACUUCUUGUAUUGAUAAACUGACUGCACUUAUUAAAGAGGAUGAAGAGAUCUCUAAGAAACAGAACCAAACUUCUGCACCUUCGAAAUCAAAUAUGAUAAAGAAUUAUGUUUGUCAAAACAAGACUGUUGUAACUAGAGGCUAUGAUUGGUUUGAUAAUGUAGAGAGCAGCUACCAAAAUAGCAAUCAUAGAGAUUUCUCAGAACGUGAAAACUUUUAG